UACCCCCUUCUCUUGAACCCUUUCUUCCUCCUCCCCCCAGCAGCUGCCAUUCCCCCCACAUCCCCCUCUAUCUCUCUCUUCAUAAUCUCUCUCUCCUUCCAAGGAUCCAAGAAGUACUGUUGCAGCUUCUUUCUUCAUCCAUCCCCAAUCCCAACACAGCUUCUCUGCUCAGCGAAGGGAAUUCCCCUGCUCCUGCUCUUGUGUUCUUGCUGGCCCUCUGCUCUGCUUCUUCACCUCUUCUUGCCACCGAGAAGAGGAGUCCAGCCGUUGCAAAGACAGAAUCUUUACACUUCAUCCUCCCAAAGUGUUGUUGGUGUCCCAGGUGGAGGCAAAGUGUGAAUUUAUACUAGUUUUUGCUCUUGAUUAGGUUAGGAAUUUCUUGCUCCUGUGUUCUUGGGUUGAUGGUUGUAGAAUCAAUCCAAGAAUAUCUGCAGCUGUUCAUUUCACCUUCCCUGAAGGCGAGGGCGAAGUGAUCGUUUUGAGCAGUAGUAGUUGUUGUUGUUGAGGCGUUGCAAUGUCGUCUUCCUGCAUACCAACCGGCCUGCGGCUGGACCUGGACAUGGUGAAGGCGGCGACGUCGCCUGUCGCGCACUCGUCGCCGUUGCGGCCGGUGCACUCGUCGCCGUCGUCGACGCUGUCGGAGGCGUCGAACGCGUCGUCAUCGGCGACGUCGGUGUCGCUGAAGCGGGCGCGCGCGCCGCGGAAGCGGCCGAACCAGGCGUACAACGAGGCCGCCGCGCUGCUCGCGUCCAUCCACCCCUCCGUCUUCCCCGUCAAGAAGAGCCCCAAGACGGCGACGCGCCCGCCGGCGCGGCAGCUCUCCGGCCUCGCCGCGGCGUUCGACCCCUCCUCCUCCCUCCUCCCGCCGCUCCCCGUCCUCGCGGACUCGGCAUUCCUGCUCCGGGACAUGCCCGCGCCGUCGCCGUCGCCGCAGCCGCAGAGCCCGUCAGGCGCCAAGAACUGCUCAUCGCCGGCCCCGGUGAGCAGCGUGUUCCGGGACUUCCGCGACCCGGCGCCGUCACCGGCGAGCCCCAACACCGUCGACGUCGACGAGCUUGGCGAAAUCGACUUCGAUGACGACGGCUUCGACGCCGAGUCGAUUCUCGACGUCGACGAGGCCACCGCCGGCGCGGCCGAGGGCCUCGACGGCAUCAUGGGCAGCCUCACCGUGGAGAGCAACACGGCCACCACGUCCGAUGACUCCAUCCUGUCAAGCUCCGGCAUACACCCCUACCUCAGGAGCCUCAUGGUGGUCGGCCUCGCCGGCAGGUUCGAGCUCGGCCUCGGGUUCCGGCACGGCGCUCGGCCCAACCUCAACCGCGCACUGAAGCGGCGGGACGACGACGGCGCCUGGUGGAUGUGGCCGGCCGUGCCGGUGAAGGACUUAACGGUGGCACCGCCGACACCGCCGGCACCGGCUGCGCCGGACACUGCAAUGACGCAGGUGCCGGCCGCGCCAGAGAAGAAGAAAAGCAAGAAGAAGAAGGUGGUGAAGAUGGAGAAGGUUAUGGCCAAGGGGAAGGAGGAGCUGCCCAGCGCGAAAUGCAAGGAGGAAGCUGACGGCUCGGUCGAGGCUGCUAAUGGCGAUGGCGACGCUGACAGCACGCCGACGACGAAGGCGCCAAAGACCGGGUUGGGGCUGAAGCUGGACGCCGACGAGGUGCUCAAGGCGUGGUCCGACAAAGGGUCGAUGUUCACCGAUGGCGGCGGGCCGGAGUCGCCGACGUCGGCCGCCGACGUGCGGGCAAAACUUGCAGACAUUGAUCUGUUCCCAGAGAAUGGAGCUGGUGGCGGCAUCAGAGAAGCCAGUGUGUUGAGGUACAAGGAGAAGAGGCGCACCCGGCUGUUCUCGAAGAAGAUCCGGUACCAAGUGCGGAAGAUGAACGCUGACUGCCGGCCUCGGAUGAAGGCAAGCACUAGAACUGAUUAGAAAGCAUAAAAGAUCUGUUCGUAAGGGAAGGUUUGUUAGGAGCCCAUCUCUUCUUCAGCAAGCCCUGGAGGAAGAGAGCUAGACAGUGAUACUUGCUAGCCUUUUUUAUCAGCAUCUUUUUGUCCCUUUUAGUUUAUCAUUAGCUAAGAGAUGUGAGUGAGGAUUUUCCCCGGGGUUUUUUCGGAGUUUUGCUCUGGAGAGAAUAGGAUGCCUUUAGAGUGGAUUGUCAUGGUGUGGUGGUGAAAUAGUUUGUCUCAGGUUUACAAUGUGAGGUAAAGGAAGGAAAUAAAGUGAUGUUAGAAUAUAGUCAUAUAGCAAGCAGCACAAA